UAACAUGUUUUCAACAUAUUACGCGCGUUAAUCCACAGUUGGGCGAUUAGAAUAAUAUAUAACAGUAAUAAAAGAAUCUAAUUUGUAUAAGUGUGGAUAAUAAAGAUAACAACAAACUGAUUAAAAGAUAACGCUGUUUUUAAUAAUAUUUUUUCCGGUUAUGAAACUUUUGAAGGGGACCAAAAAUGACUCUUAUGUGAUGGUUUCCGUCCGUCUGUUCCUCACCUAACUUGAGAAGGAAAACAGACCGCGAGGUCUCACUGAGAUUCAUUCAACGGAGAUAUAAUGUAUUUUGAAGAACGAAAAAACAAUCCUGGACAGCAUCGGCCAGGAGGACGAAAACUUCAAAGGCGAUGGCUACACAAGCAUGGCUAUUAUUUACGCCGUCUUCGCUGUCUUCAAUUGGCUCGCACCUUCCGUCAUCAGUUUGGGUGGACCCAAGAUUGCCAUGUUUUACGGAGCGGUUACAUAUUUAUUCUUCAUUUUAACGUUUCUCUGGCCGAAAACCUGGCUGCUGUACCUAGCCAGUGGUAUCAUAGGGACGGGCGCUGCAAUGAUCUGGACCGGACAGGGAAAUUACCUAACGCUGAAUUCGACACCGGCCACCAUUUCCCGGAACUCCGGACUAUUUUGGGCGUUACUGCAGAUGAGCAUGUUCGUGGGGAAUCUCUUCGUCUUCUUCCAGUUUCGCGGGUUGACCCACAUCGAUGUUAAUACCAGAACCGUUGUUAUAUCAGUACUUGGCGGUAUUGCGGCGGUGGGCAUCGUAAUAUUAGUUGCGCUGCCACGUACCCGGAUUGGAAGUACUGAUUCGGUCAACGUGAUCGAACAGCAGAGGGGACCCGUUGAAGCACUCAAGUCGGCAGCAAACCUGUUCCUUACCAGAGAAAUGAUUUUGCUCAGCGUCACCUUUUUCUAUACAGGUAUCGAGCUCUCGUUCUUCAGCGGGGUCUACAGUUCAGCCAUUGGAUUUACCAACGCGUUUGGGGAGAGCGCGAAGCAGCUGGUUGGCCUGUCUGGUAUAUUCAUAGGCGCUGGAGAGGUACUGGGUGGUGCGCUGUUUGGAAUUCUCGGUGCUAAAUUCACUAGGUGGGGCCGUGAUCCGAUCGUUAUCGGAGGAUUUGUCUUCCAUUUAGCGGCGUUCUUCGUUAUAUUCCUAAACUUGCCUAACAAGUCUCCAUUCGCGCCCACCGACGAUGAGGCCUUCAUUACGUCAUCGGCGAUACUAGCGAUCCUGUGCUCUUUUCUCCUAGGUUUUGGCGACUCCUGCUUCAACACGCAGAUAUACUCGAUGCUGGGAGGCGUUUUCGCCCACGACAGCGCGUCGGCGUUUGCCAUUUUCAAAUUUACUCAGUCGGUGGCAGCGGCAAUCUGCUUCUUCUACGCUUCCGCCCUGGGACUCCACGCCCAGUUGGGCAUCCUACUUUUCCUAUCCAUAAUUGGAACCGUGACAUUUGUCUACGUGGAAUGGGCCGAGAAUAAGAAAAAAAAGAAGAUGGAACCGAACGAGGAUGAGUCGGACUCGAGUGUUCAAACCGAAAAGUUUUAGACAUUUUUACUGAGAGUUCCAACCACAGAAUAUUCGUCCUAUAAAUCAUUCAUUAUCCUUUAUCUGUGAUAAAAAAAGCACAACUUUGGUACUGUGGUUGAUUUGCGAGCGACGUAAAGACUGAGUUUAGUCUUGUUAUAGAUGUAUGUAGAUUUAUUCGUUACCUACCUUUAUAUGUAAAGUCAUACUGUGCCAAUCGAAUAUUGUACUGUUAGUAGCAUUGCUGACAAUAAGUGGCUUUAAAUUUUAUAUAAUUUUCGUAAUUAA